GAAUUCCAUAGCAAAAUCCAAAACAAACAUCAAAAUAAAGAGGGUAAUUAUGGAAUUGCGCCGAAAUUCAAAAAUCUCUAACGAUGAUGACAGUUCAAAUUCUUCGAAAUCUCUGAGAUCUCGUAAAAAAGAAUCGAAUGAUAACAAAGAGGCCAUCGUACUUACUUCUGAAAGUGAAAGCUCUUCUGAUUCCAGCAGUAUUGCGCUGCCACCCAAGAAACGAAAAUAUGAUGAAAAUGGAAUUCAUAUCAGUACUGGUAAAGACAUGUGUGACUGUCUAAAUUUGAAAUGCUCUGGCUGUUGGAUGCCGUGCAAAAACUGCAACUCCCAGAAAUGCGGAUUUAGGUGUCGUGAAAACCGUACAUCUGAAUGUGUAGGAUAUGAGAUUGAAGGAAAAGAAGAUAAAAACUGUUAAACUAAAGGGAAAUGAUGACAAGCGAUAGUUUCAUAUCUUUGCGUCCACCCCGGAAAAAUCGAGAUCCGGCGCUGUUCAACUUAAACUUCUUGCAUUUACAAAAGUGGGGCCGAAAUAUGCAUUUGCUAACUGGACAAAGUCAGGCAGUUCGUCUCUGGCUGUAAAUAACAAGUCCAUCUAUCUUUGCAGCCAAGCAAUACUCGAUCAGGAAGAAUGAAAGUUCGUAGAAAUUAUUUGUUUCCCUUAUUUGUAAUGGCCAGUUAAAUGAUGUCAACCAUAGAAUUUCGCAUUUCAUUCCA